AUGGCUGCAUCCACCAUGUCUGUCUGCUCCAGUGCUUGUUCCGACAACUCCUGGCAGGUGGACGACUGCCCAGAGAGCUGCUGCGAGCCCCCCUGCUGCACCUCCAGCAGCUGUCUGUCCAGUGGCUGCGCCCCGACCCCCUGCCUGACCCUUGUCUACACCCCAGUGAGCUGUGUGCCCAGCUCCUGCCAGUCAGUCUGCACCAGCUCCUGCAUGCCCUCAUGCUGCCAACAGUCUAGCUGCGAGUUGGCUUGCUGCACCCCCUACCCCUGCCAGCAGGACUGCUGUGUGCCUGUCUGCUGCAAGUCUGUCUGCUACAAGUCCAUCUGCUAUAAGCCCACCUCCUGCGUGCCCAUCUGCUCAGAGACUCCUUCCUCGUGCUGCCAGCAGUCUAGCUGUGAUCCCUCCUGCUGCAUGUCCUCCUCCUGCCAGCAGGCCUGCUCCGUGCCUGUCUGCUACAAGCCUGCGUGCUGCAAGCCCGUCUGCUGCAAGCCCGUCUGCUGCAUGCCUGUCUGCUCUGGGGCUGCCUCUUCAUGCUGCCAGCAGUCUAGCUGUGAACCCUCCUGCUGCACCUCCUCCCCCUGCCAGCAGGCCUGCUCUGUGUCUGUCUGCUCUGUGCCUGUCUGCUGCAAGCCUGUGUGCUGCAUGCCCGUCUGCUCUGGGGCUUCCUCUUCAUGCUGCCAGCAGUCUAGCUGUGAGCCCUCUUGCUGCACCUCUUCUUCCUGCCAACCCUCCUCCUGCAUGUCCCUCCUCUGCCGCCCCGUGUGCAGGACCGCCUGCUGCAUGCCUGUCCCCUCCCGCUGUACCCCCGCUUCAUCCUGCCAGUCCAGCUGCUGCCGCCCAGCUUCCUGCAUGUCCCUGCUCUGCCGCCCCACGUGCUCCCGCCCGGCCUGCUGCAGCCUCUAG